AGUAGAAAAAUAGGGUGUGGGUCAUCCCCUUAAAUCCCUUUACAUUCUUUUGGGAUGUGGUUUGCUCCUUCCCUCAUCCUCUUGAGAGACACUUGAAAAUAUAUUUCUCACUUUUUAAGUGCCCCAAGCAGACUGCUGGGUUGGCAGUGGCUCACACAUUUUUCUGGUCUUCACAAACCUGUAUAGGAUCAUAAAAUUAUAGAAUGGAUUGGAUUGGAAGGGACCUUAAAGAUAUCUAGUUCCAUCUCCCCUUCCCCUGAUACCUCUUUUUUGAAAGUGUCUUUAAUGUGCUUGGAAAAUGCUCAUUGAGUAAAUAAAUGGUAUGGUUUAAGAGCUCUAGCUCUUAAAAGAUUCCCCAAACUAAAAUACUUAAUUUUGGGCCAAUGGAAAUUGUCCUGCUAUGCAGCACAAAUUCUUAUUUUUUUACCUUUCACAGAAAAAAAAAAAAUUACAAAUUUGGUUCAGAUGAAACAAGUUCUUUCCUCAUCCCCAUCCUAGUUUUCAUAGAAAACUGAAACACUGGCUGUUUUUUCAUCCUCAGUGCAUACAUUUGGGGCACAAACCCUGAUUGUCAUUGGAUUAUGCUGCGACAAAACUGUUACAUUUUUGGUAAAAGAAGCCUGGUUUGCAAGCCACUCUCCCGAAUUAAUAUGCAAGGCUUGUUGGAGCUGGGGAUACACAACGCCUGCCCAGAGGAGUGCUGGGAGGAGCGUGGCUUGAUCUCCCUCUUGUGGAAAAUUAUUGGAACUAUAUUCUUGUGAUACUGAGGAAAGAAAAGUCCAGUAUCCAUCAGGGAACAAAUGAUGGCAGCAGUUACCAUGCCACCUGAUGCUCUUGUCAGCCCUCAAGGAAAUGAAGAGAUGGACUCUCUAAUUGUACUGCAUUAUAAUUACACAGGAAAGCUUAUUUCAAGGGAAAAGGCAACUGGUAAUAUAGACCUACCUGCUAUUGCAUUUCUGAUCCUAUGUAGUUUCAUAGUCCUAGAAAACUUGAUGGUGUUGAUUGCCAUAUGGAAAAACAAUAAAUUUCACAACCGCAUGUACUUUUUUAUUGGCAAUCUAGCUCUCUGUGAUCUUUUAGCUGGGAUUGUUUACAAAGUAAACAUUCUUAUGUCUGGGAAGAAGACUCUGAGCUUAUCCUCCACAAUCUGGUUCAUUAGAGAAGGCAGCAUGUUUGUUGCCCUGGGAGCCUCCACUUUCAGCUUGCUAGCCAUAGCUAUUGAGCGGCAUUUAACCAUGAUUAAAAUGAGGCCCUACGACGCAAAUAAAAAAUACAGGGUGUUCCUUCUCAUUGGUACAUGCUGGCUUAUUUCAGUUUCCUUGGGUGCCUUACCCAUCCUCGGCUGGAACUGUAUAAACAACUUACCAGAUUGCUCGACAAUUUUGCCUCUGUACUCCAAGAAGUAUGUUGUGUUCUGCAUUAGCAUCUUCAUAGCCAUUUUGGUUGCCAUUGUCAUCCUUUAUGCCCGUAUCUACAUACUGGUUAAGUCCAGCAGUCGCAAUGUCACCAACCACAACAACUCGGAGCGCUCCAUGGCGCUCCUUAGGACUGUCGUGAUCGUCGUUAGUGUCUUCAUUGCCUGUUGGUCUCCACUCUUCAUCCUGUUCCUCAUCGAUGUGGCCUGCAGAGUCAAGGAGUGCUCUAUCUUGUACAAAGCCAACUGGUUUAUUGCUCUGGCGGUCAUCAACUCUGCAAUGAACCCAAUCAUUUAUACCCUGGCCAGUAAGGAAAUGCGUCGCGCCUUCUUUCGCCUUGUUUGUGGCUGCCUGGUGAAAUCCAAGGUGGCCAGAUCUUUGCCUAUUCAGCCCACACCAGAUCACAGUCGGAGCAAAUCCAGCAGCAGCAACACCCAGAAGCCAAAGGAAGAUUUCCCACCAAUGAAUGUUCCCUCGUGUAUCGCUGAGAAAAAUGAAUCUUCGUUUCAUAACGGGAACUUCUGUAAGUAAAGGACUCUUCAAGACAAGUACUUUUCCGUGGCUUUUAGAUUUAAACUACACAUGAAGUUUAAAUAUUCAUGCACUUAAAUCACAGGGGAAAACACUAAUCACUUAUUUAACUUUGAGGACUUAUUUAUCAACAAUCAUGUGUUUUGGGUGUUCAUUCAGUACCAAAUCUGAUUCAGAAAAAACCUUUCAUGCUGCCCAACAGCCAGGACAGAGUCCAUGUACAUCUAAGGACAUCACACACCACAAUGGCAUUGCAUGCUAAGACUGUAUUUGGCACUUACUCAUUUUGGAAGACAUCACUAACACCUGUUAGAAACUUUAGAUUUACUAAAGACUGCUGAUGGUUGGAAGAUGAACCCGAUUAUUGUCAACUGAGAGAAGAGUUCAUUACAUAUGUUGUAAUGUUGACUGUAGUUCUCUAUAUGUAUCUUGCUGUUAUGUUAAUGGCCUUAUAUAUAUGUGGUAUAAAUAGCUGUAUAUUUGUGCAAUUUCUUACUAAAAAUUCAUUGUUUGGUAAAAGUUUACAAUAUGUUAAACAUUGUAUUGCAGUAUACAGUGUAAGGUGACUAAUUAUACAAAUAGAUGUGUUUCAAUGGGGAUAUUUAAAAUGAAGUAGUAACUUUUAACUGUCAGGAACUUUAACGUGUCAUAUCAAUGCAGUAUUUUUAUUUUUUUUCCAUUGUUAUUCAAACUUUUCGUGUUUAGCGAAAGAUAGUAUGGCAGUUGUCACUGUGGCAUUUCACAACGCAUUCUAAGCAAGCAGUAGUAAAUAACCAUUGUGAGAGGAUAUAUAUGUUUGCUAUUUAAAGUAGUUAAAAUGUGACCCCACAACACACAUGUAACAAAUGUUUAUUCACGUACUGUUUCAAUGCAUAUAAUUUUGCUUACUAUUUUCAAUGUAUUUAAAAAUUUGUGUCUGACCUACGUAAACCUGUGUACAUUGUGAAUGCACUACCUAAGCUGAGAUCCUUCAGUUCUGAAACAGAGACAUAUCAUUUCAGAAAGCAAUGAACCACAGUGGGUUCCCAUGGAGUUCCUUCUUUCCAGGCACUACCACAGCAUGGGAUUGUGUUGGAAAUUCUCCCUGGGAAGUUCAGUAAGUAGGACAAUAUCCCAUUUUCUGUUAAUGGGACCCUGCACUUCUAUCACCUCUGGACACUUCUGCAGAUACGAGAGAAAAGAUGCGGUACAACAGGAUCAUGCUGAAGGGUAUAUCUCCAUUUAUACCUGACCCUGCCUCGGAUCUGGAAGGAAAGCUUGUUUAGUUUGGAAGACCUGGAGCCCCAGCCCCAGCCUUUUGAGAGGCUGUUCCAGAGAAACCUGAAAACAACUUUAUGGUUCAUCACUGCCUUACCAGUCUCAGUACAGAAUGGUGGUCAGUGUCAAAGGCGUUCCCUGAGACCUAGAGUGGUUAAGACUUCACGAACAUCUGGUUUCAAGUCCUCAUGGAAGCAGCCCGUGGCACUUCCAUCAAUAGUACUUUACGGCUGGAGGCUUCAGUGAAGUUCAGCAGGAAAUUCUGAGGCAAGUUCCCGCUGUCUUUCAGUAAGAAUGUAACCAUCUAACUUUGUUGGGCUCUUUCAAAGUUUUGUGUUUAAGGUCUCAAAACACACCUUGUCUUGUGCACAAUCAGAAGUAAUUGAGGCUUUUUUAACACAAAACCUGAAAGAGCUCAUCCUUAGCUUUGAUCUGGUCUUAAUCAUUUAAAGCAGCAGCAUUAGACUCUUCUUAAAUAUGCAUAGUGUAUAAGCUGUGUAAUGUGUGUAGCAAAAGCCUUUAAAAUGUAAGGUUUGCAUUGUGAUUAUCUUUUAAAAAUUAGCAGUCUGCUCGUAAAUAUUUUAUGCUGUUAGAAAAGUGUGUAAGAACAAAGAACUCUAUUUGAGUGAAAUAACUGUGAAAGAGAGUAGUAAAUACAAAAUAAUUUCUAGCAAAAAUGUUGAAAAGCAGUGCACUUCUAGAAGAACAAAAAGCUAAACCAAGUAAAGCAUGAUAUAACUAUAUGGACUGCAGAUACAGGCUGCAGGCUCUGCAACUUUGUGAGAAACAAGCUGGUGACACUGCAUUGCCAUAGCUUGCUUAGGGUUUUAAGUCUUACGCUGCUUUUUGGCUGCAUUGUAGAAGUUCUUCUCUGAGGCUGUAUCUUCAAAAACUGCCAGCUAAGAUAUUUGUAUACUUCUAGCUUAGUUCAUGUGGUGGUGGCAUUUGGCAACAUUCCUUGCUAUUGUACAACAGACAGGCCUUAGGAACACAACAGUUUGAGAAAAGGUGGUGGCUGAGCCCACACUAACCCUCAUGUCAAUGAUGUUACAUGAUUUCCUUAACCUUCUGUCUAUCUGCUGGUGGCACUUCCUGAGCCAGCCUAAACUGGGCAUUUUCCUCCGUGUGGUUGCACCGUUCACUAUGUGAUAAACUAUCACGUAGUUCUCAGGCAGCAAGAGCUCUAAAGUGCCAAUUACAUACUUAAAUAGAUUGUCCAUCAGGUAUCUGUAGUUAGGCUGGCUGCUUUCAGGCAUAAAGCAAACAGCAAACACAACAAUGGCAUUUAACCCAUCACUAUAAUAACCUCCAUGACUGAUAACUUUUUUAUAGGGUUCAAUUGCCUUCAUGUCCACCCUGUGGUCCUGUGCCACGGUCUGAAAGGGGAGGAUAGGGCCGUGGCACAGCAUGGGUCCGGGACACAAAGGUGGGGUGCAGGUAGAGUCCUUUAGUCACAUGUGCACCCGGUCUUUUAUCAGCUCGGGAGAGGAAAGGGCCAGACCAUAGGGCGGAGCAUGAGACAGACAAGCCGGGGGACAAACCAGGAUAGGGACACGGGCAAAAGGGGGAGGAGAGGGGGAAGCAGGGAGCAGGCAAACUCAUGGCAAGCCUGGGCAUGUCCAGGCUGUUCACUGUGUAGUGUGAAUACAAUGAAAUCACAUAAUAACAGUGAAGUCCAUAUAAUAAAGUCCUGCCAAUUGCUGUAUGCUUUUCUCCAAGCCUGGAACUGUUCCCGUCCUGAAUCUUGCUCCUUCACAUCUCACCCUUUCUUAUUUGUUUGAAAAUGUCUGUUGUGAUAGUCCUCUUGCAGCAUGCUGUGACACAAGAAAUAGUUAAUAACAAUACAAACAAAGAAAACAAAAUUUCAAAGCAAGUUAAAAAGGGUUUGUUUAAAUGGACUUAGGGGAGGACAGAUCUGCAUCUUCCAAAUCAGUUUGGACAGCUGCAUCUGCUGAGUGACUCCCCCCCUAAAAAAUUGUUUCCAGCCCAAAAUGCCACUGCUUCAUGGUGUCUAAAAGCUUAGUGAUAGUGAUCUUCUGUGGACUAUGGGAUCCUGGAAAGUAAACAGAACAUGUUAGAAAUGGUCUUUCUGCUUGUACAGCUGGAAGGGAGAAUUUAGGAUUGGGGUCGUGUGGUAAGGGCACAACUUGCAUAAUCUGUUCGUCUGAUUUAAGCUGAGCUGCAGGGAAUGGUAGGUUUAACAUGAUUCAUUCUAAUUGUUGUGGUUUCCUGGCACCUGUUGAAGGAUGGGUUACGCAGGAUGGAACGCAGUUGAGGGGGUGUUUGUGUUAUCACACCACCCCUGGAGCUUGCUGCCUUGUUUCCUGACAGUUCACAGGUACACUGUUUAGGAUCUGGCAUUGAAUUAAAAGUCACUUUUCUCCUUAAGUCGUGUGACUUUUUCGAGGGCAGCAGUUCUCAGUAGAUGUUAGUGAGGGAGCAGCAAUCCUUAGUCCAGUGUCUGCCUUUGCCACAUCGCUUGCAAGGUGUCUUUGGAAGCUCAAAUUUUGUAGUUAAUCCUGGGCAGUUCUUUUUUAUAUGUCCUGUCUAACCACAGUGAAAACAGGUUUGUGGUCCAGCUAAGACUUCAGCUAUUAGUCUUGCUUUAUGAGAAUUAGACCCCACAUUCUUGCAAGCUACUAUCAUCUCCAGAAGUGUAGGAUCUUUUAGCAUUUUAAAAGCUUGUUGGCAAUCCUUGUUAGCUUUUUCAACCACAAGCUUAUUAAACAGAAUGUCUUGGCUUUUUUUCUGCUGGACUUGGCGUGCUAUAGCUUCUUUUAGCCUGGUUGUAAAGUCCACAAAAGGUUCUUUUGGGCCCUGAUGAAUUAGGGUGAAUGAAGGUGUUUGGACUUAUACAUCAGCAACCUUUUUAAAGGCUUCCAUUGCCAGUUCUUUUGUAAUGUCCAGAUAUUUUAAAUUCAGAAGAGACUGGUCUUGUUGGCUGCCCUCUCCGUACAACAUGUCAAUGGCACUGCUUAUUG